AUGCUUGACACGUUUGCGUCGAUCUAUCCUGGCGGCGAUAUGAACCCUCGAUAUUGGUCGGAGCCGCAUUGGGCCGGAAACCUGCCGUUCGGGGGCCCGACGAUUCCCGAGGGAUUUGUUGCUAUCGACGCUUCAGACCUCUCGUUCGCGUCGACGACUGGUGAACAAGCGGUGCGGAUGCGCAUUCCGGCGAUCGAUCUAGAUGCUUCGGUGGCGGAGUUGGAACUCCGGGAUUUGGGAGAUUCGCGGGCGUGGUCGACUCCGGACAAGGUCGUCGGGCACAUUCCGACGACGGCGCAACCCGGCGAAUCGGCGAACGGCUGGUACUUCGGGCAUCUCGACGACUUUUUGAGCAACGAAGGAGCCAUCUUCCGGCGCUUGCCAGAAAUCUCCGCGAUGGUCAAGGACGACUAUGUUGACAUCUUCCUCGAAACGUCCGAUGCGGAGUUUAUGUAUCGAGUGACCGCAACGCGACAGCUCCAUCGCGACGAACUCUAUCUUGCGCAGUCCGAUAGUUCACAAAUCUCGCUGGUUACUUGCUGGCCGUUCCGAGUUUACGACCAUCGCAUCGUGGUCUCCGCAGUCUUGAUCGCGGUUAAGCCGCUGUCACAAGCCUAG